AGUCAACACAACUCGAUUCAGAGUCCAAGUGGACAUUCCGAGUCGGGGUGUGUCAGUAAGUUUUUCCUUACAUGACAUUAUAUUCUUAAAUUAAGGUGUCAUGUGACGGUAAAUCUGUGUCAUAUAAGUUGCUAUUCGAUCGCAAAUCAUUAUGCUUUGGGUCCACCAGUAAUGUUCCUAUUACUUUUGAGAGAUGAAAAGGAUUGAAGCCCUUUUUUUUAUCUUUGAAUUUUGGAAUGAGAGAUCCUAAAUAUAUUGGUCUUUUCUUUGGGCUUACUUGAACUUUGAGGGAGUAUUGCUAAAUAGAGUCCAAUAAUCUAUUUGAUUAAUGUGUACUCUGGAAAGAAAAACGUUAGGGUUGAGUUUAGGAGAAAUUCUUGAGUGCGGAUGACCGAAACACAUAGUUGUUCAUUUACAUACACAAAGCACCCUAAUUUGGUCUCACCCAUUCUCUCCUUUGACUCCUUGUGUAUGAUAGUCAUUAUACAUAUGUUUGGAUGAAAGAUUUACUCGUCACGUGAUUGAGGGGUCGAAUGACAUUGGACAAUAGCAUGUGUCUACAAAUCUAACAAAAUGAGAUCAAAUCAAGAACAUAUAUAUGUGUCCGUAUUUCAGAUGUACCAAUUUAAGUGACCAUCUUACUAAAAUAAGCAAAGUUAGAAAGAUUAAAAUUAAAACUUCCAUGAGAUAACGAAAUAGUACUUACAAAACCCCACGUGUUUCAUGCUUGAUAGUAAAAAGUAAAAGCAACUUCAACUACCACCACGUACCACGAAACAUACCGCGGAGCUUCUCACGGUCGUUUCAAGUCUCAAGCUUUCGAAUUCGAACUCAGAAAACCUAAUUUCUCUCCAUCUCCGCCUGCAAUUGUCGGCGUCGAAGCCCAUCGAGCUCUAUCCACCUGGCCAAUCAGAUCCGGCCACCUCAGCAAUGCUCUGUUCGGUGCCGGCCACCAAGUCCGGUUCGAACUGGCUGAACCGGCUCCGGUCCAACAAGGGAUUCCCGACCGCCGACAAUUCCGACCUCGACCACUUCCUUACCCGAAACGCAAGCUCUCUCUGUGAAUUCCCGGCUCCCAAUGUCGUCUCAUCGUCCACGGAUUCGACUCGGCCGGAUUCGGACCGUGUCGGGAAUCGCUCCGAAUCCUUGUGUCCGAAUGGCGAUGACCAGGGAGGGGAAAUCAUCGGAAUGAUGAGCAACGUUCUGUCGGAGCUAUUUUUCAUGGGCGGCGCCGACGAAAGUUCCAGACUUUCUGGGAAAAAGAUUCCUAGAAAGCAAGCAAACCCCAGAGUCUGUGUCGGUUCCACGACCAACUCUAACGGCGACGCCACCGCCACUGCGAAUGAAGCGGAGGAGAAGAGCUCGGAAAGUGAAGGAAAUAUCGAAAAUGCCCUCGACAAGGUGGCGUCGGAUAACAACAGCUUGGUGGGGAAGAAGAAGAAGAAGGAACUAGGAGGGAAUGUGGGUGGUGGGCAAUGUGAGGGGGAGGAGGAUGAGGAGGAGGAAGAGAAGGGGGAGAUGAAAGGGUAUUCGAGGAGCGAAGUGACGGUGAUUGAUACGAGCUGCGGGGUUUGGAAGACGGAGAAGUUGGUGUUUAGGAGGAAGAAUGUGUGGAAAGUUAGGGAGAAGAAGGUCAAAGGGAGGAGCUUUGGGAGACAUAAGAGGAAAGUGGUUGUUGAGGAACACGUUGCUGAUGACAUUGACAAGAAGAAAGCUAAGGUUUCGGUUUCCGCGUUGGAUGUUGAAGCUGGUGGGGAUGAAUGUAUAGCUCUCAACUCCAUUCAAGUACAGAAGCCACAGAAUGACACCCUAGAUAAUCUGAAUGACAGAGGGGAAGAAUUCGGCAAACACCUGCCGGAAAAUAAAACCAAAGAUACAAGAAAAGGGUUUUCUUUGAACCGAUCACCGCGAAAUUUGAAAAAGGGCGGUUCCUCUGUUAUAUUAAUAAAAGGCCUUCCUACAGACAAUAAAAAUGGAGGAAAGCUUCAUAAAAAGACUCUCAAGGACAGCCAAAAACAAUGCAAAGCGUGAUUGAACCGGAAACCGGAAAAAGAGUUUUGCACCAGAAAGAGCGAGCUGCCGGCAAUGCAACAACUUAACAUGAUGGCACCAGCGUCGUUUCUUUCGGUAUAAAAAUUUAGUUGACCGUAUCAUCUCCCUCUCCGAAAGAGUGUCGGAGGUUCGGGUCACGCACAGGGCUUCGAGACGGCGGUGCCGGCGAUCAUGCUGACUUGGGAAUCAAAAUGUUGUGAAAUGGUGAAACUUUUUGUAUGUGUUUACAAAUGUCGUAACUGAAGCUAUUUUCCCCAAAAGGAUUUUUCUGUUUUUCUUGUUGCAAUUUUUACAAUCGUAUUGAUACGAAACGGGAAAUGAUUACACGUGCCCCUUUUCUCCUUCUA